CUUUCAAAUUGCUGUAAACAAACAAAAAUGGCCCGCCUCAUGUUGCUACUGCUUUCAGCUAUUGCCGCUGUGGGAAUCUCCGCACAGUCAAUGGCCGAUGCAGAGUACGUUCUGGACAGCACUGAUUCAUACACAGGGUUGCUUCUGUUCGCCUCAGGGACGAAGCCUAGAGCAUCUACAGUUUGAGCUGUGUUCUAUCUAUAUCGUCUCAACAUGGGCGCCUACGCUAAGAUCGUCCCUAUCUUGAACGAUCUUGCCGAUGAUUUCGCCGAAGAAGGUAUCGAGAUCAGCAAAUUCAAGCCGGGGCUCGAUCCAGAGGACCCAACCAACGUGACAACGGGCAACGAUAUUGAGAACAACGUCGACAGAGCAACCAACGCAUUGCGUGAUGCAUUUCAAGCGAUUGCUAAUGGUGGUGGGGCCAUCAACCUGUGCGAGGUAGCCCCUCCUAUUGGUAAAGACAUUAGCACAGCAUUGAAGGAGUUGAAGCAGGCUGCGGCUACAUAUUACUUUGCCAUCAUUAACUCCAUCCCCAUUAGACAACCUUGUCUACAACGGGCAUACCUUUCAUUCAAUUUCUGCAUUGAUGCUGCAAUCGAGGCAUCCAACGGUCUUAUAGAAUUCUAGCAGGAAGGGAGCCAGGUAAUGCCGAUACUGACCUGUGGGGAGGAGGUGGUCAGUCGGUGCAUGUAAACAGUGAGAGGUCGUAUCGUCCUGGUUCCCACAGUGCCUAGUGCUUGCUGGUUACGAUACAUACAGACAAUCUUCCAACUUUAUCUUUUAAAAAACCAAUUUGCAA